CUGCAGAUUUAUCAUAUUUGACGUUACUAACGAAAGAUAAAUAUAUACCUGGGAUCGAAUUAUACGAUUGAAGAGAGAGGCAGCGAGAGAUGGUGAAAGAGAAAGAGUGAGGAAGGUGGCGGAACGGAACGUGGUAGGGACCGCCGACCGGACGACCGCGGUAACCGUAGUGUUUCAAACUCUCGUUAUAUCGAGUAUUGCACGUACGUGACAAUCGCGAAUGUUCGUACGUACUGUAUACGACGUGGAGGCCUUCUUUUUAACUGUACCGCUCAGCCGUUUUGUAUCAAGAUGGAGUCCAGGACCGAGUUUAAGAUAAAGUCACCGCCGACCGACGCAAUCUCCGCGGUCGAAUUUGGACCAAACUCCACACAGUUCCUAUUGGUGUCAUCAUGGGACAGUACAGUGAGACUGUACGACAUACACGCCAACACGAUGAGAUUGAAGUACAAUCACGAUUUGCCGGUGUUGGACGUCGCGUUUCAGGACGCUGUUCACGCGUAUAGCGGUGGUCUAGGAAAUACUCUGAAAAUGUACGACAUAAAUAGCAACACUGAGUCGAUAAUGGGCACACAUGAGAAGCCAAUUAGGAAGAUAGAGUAUUGCGCGGCUGUGAAUGCAAUAUUGACCGGCGGUUGGGACGCCACGGUAAAACUGUGGGAUCCACGAACACCUACCUGCGUCGGCAGUUACCUGCAGCCCGAUGUGGUCCUCGCCCUGUCUGUAUGCGGCGACAAGUUCGUCGUGGGCACGGCGAAGCGAAAAGUUUGCAUUUGGGAUCUGAGAAACAUGGCGGGCAUGUUUCAGAGACGAGAAAGUAGUCUGAAGUACCAAACGCGCUGCAUCAAGGGUUUCCCGAACGAACAGGGAUAUGUAUUAAGCAGCAUAGAGGGUCGAGUCGCCGUCGAGUAUCUCGAUACGAUGCCAGAAGCCCAGAAGAAGAAGUACGCGUUCAAGUGCCACAGAAUAAAGGAAAACAAUGUCGAGCAUAUCUAUCCUGUGAACGCCAUUAGCUUCCAUUCUGCAUACAACACGUUCGCCACCGGCGGCUCGGACGGUUACGUGAAUAUUUGGGACGGUUUUAACAAGAAACGGCUGUGCCAGUUCCAUCGAUACAACGCCGGCGUGGCCGCGCUUAGUUUUAGCCAUGACGGUUCCGUUCUCGCGAUAGGCGUUUCGUACUUAAACGAGGCCGAGAUACCGCCGGGCGGCAGUGACGAGCGAGAAAUUUAUAUAAGAUACGUCAACGAUCAGGAGACUAAACCGAAGUAAACAGCAAGUUUAUACAAGUCGUCGGUACAAUGACAAAGAUGUGCGAUGAGAAAAACUCAUGGAUUUCCAUGCGUAAAAUGCAGAACGAAUGGCGGUAGAAACGCAUUCUGUGAAUAAUUGUAAAUAUUCUGUGUUUAUUUAUAUAUGCAUCUCAUGGAAAGUAACAUCGGCUCAAUAUAUAGGUUCAAUAAAUUGUACGUUUUAUAAAAAUAUUCUCUUUUGAUUUUCAGGAAUUAAACCUAAUUUGUACGCGUAUGGAUUAUUCUUACAUUUUCAUAUACGAUAUCACGACGCUUUUUUCCAGCAUACCGAUGUUUUGACGAUUCUCUUCGUCUAUUUUAUUAAACUUUAUUUGACUUGAUUACAUAUUCAUAUCGUACAAUUAGGUCAUUUACUUAAAAAAUAAUAAUGUAACUUAUGCAUAGAUUGCAUAUCAAAUAUUUACAGUUUAAAUUAAUACUGUACUGUGUGAUCCUAAGAGAUAAAGGCUUUUCUACUUUUAAUAAGAUUACGACAGACAAAGAUAUUAUAUAGAUACAAUUAGGAAUAGGAGGUAAAAUAAGAGACAGCGUGCACUGUAUAAAAUUUAUAUAUUUACUAAAUGACUUUACAUUAUAUAUAACCAAUACAAUGAUUGCAAAGAAGCUACAAAAUUUUACAGAAUAAAUAACUUUUUUUACAUUG